AUGACAGAUACUACAUUUUAUUGUCAUCAGCUUAAGACAGGUGAAGAAAAGAAUUCUGCUAUAAUUCAGCCUAAUCAAAACAUAUCAACUUUACAGGAAAUUAUAUUGGAUAACAAAACUAAUAUAAAACCUCAACUGAAUGACAAUAAAAUAUUCAAGAAAAAUAUAUCUAUUAAUAAGGAAAACAAUGGAGUUAGUACUAAAAAAGCUCUUUUGCAGAAAUCUUUUACCAACAGUGAUUUAAACCAUAUUGGUGACCUCGGUGAAAUAAAUUCAAAUUAUACAAUAGACUCACCAUCAUUAAGGAAAGUUAUAUUUGAAAAUGAAAGGUAUAAACAUUUUAAAGAACUUUCUUAUUUCAUGAAAACUUGUAACGUCCCUAAUCCUAGUUUUCCAAGCAAAACCGAAUAUUUUAAUUACUUACCACAUUGUGUUAAUGAAAACAAUGAAUUCAGGUCAUUUGAUAAAAAAGAAACCUAUUUACAGGAAAACAGUGAACAUAUAGUGACUUGUAUGCUACAAGAUUUCUUAAAUAAUAGAAGACCAAUUUUUCCAAGAGAAUUAGAAUUUCAAGAACUUUACAGCAGUCUGACAUUUAAAGAUAAAGUUUUACAUUUUCUCUUUGGAAGAGACAAAAAUGGAUUCUUUAGACUGGAGAAAUUAAAAGAUUUCUUCGAGAAUAGCCUAAUAUUUCCUUAUAAAUGUGAACCAUAUUUUGAGAAUGAGAAUGAAUCAUAUUUUGAAGACUCGAUUACCUAUAGUGAUAUAUAUCUUAGCGACAACGAACUUAUUCCAACGGCAGAAGAAACAGAAAUAGAAAUGGAAUAUUUAUAG